AUGGCUUCGUCCAGCUCCUCCAGCACCUCAGGCGGCCCCAUCGCCAGAGGAUCUCGAAGGAGGAGGCUCGUUCUGAAGCUGAGCCAGAAGGACACCCUGCAAGCACUCUUUCAACAGAACCCCUACCCUGGGAUAGCGACCAGAGAACGACUGGCCCGAGAGCUUGGCAUUGCCGAAAGCAGAGUUCAGGUCUGGUUUCAGAACCAACGAAGAAGACGGUUAAAGCAGAGCCGAUCGCCGUCUGCAAAUAUGCGCCAAGACGGGGAAGGGGCGCCAGGAGAGGCCAGGAGAAAGAGGACAGCCAUCUCUCCUUCUCAAACAAGGAUCCUUGUGCAAGCCUUCACGAGGGAUCGCUUUCCAGGGAUUGCCGCCAGGGAAGAACUGGCUCGUCAGACGGGAAUCCCAGAACCUCGAAUCCAGAUAUGGUUUCAAAACCGAAGAGCUCGGCACCCCCAGCAGAGCGCAAGGGGGCCUGGCAAUGUCCGGGCCCGAGGACCAGGCGGCGCAUCGGCCACGACCGCUCCUGCUCCAGAGGACCGAAGGGCCCCACCCGCUGUCCACAGCACCUCUCCUCCCCUUGGCCCCUCUCAGACACAGGAGAGCAUGCCACCCUUGGCUGCAGCCGCUCCUUUGGGCGCCCCCACCUUCUGGGUGCCCGGGACUGCCUCUGGGGUCUGUGUGGGCCAGCCGUUGAUGUUCUUCGUGAUCCAGCCCAGCCCGAUGGCUCUCCAGCCAAGUGAGAAGCCACCACCUCCUCCCCAGGUAGCAGUGCCCUGGGCCGCGUGCUCCCCUGCUGACACGGCCCCUUGGCAGCCUGGGCCAGGGGCCAUCCUGCCGCCUCUACAGCCUGAGACACACAUCAGGCGGAGGCCAGAGUCACCCGUUGCUGAAGGCACGGCCCCUCUGCUAGAGCCACAGCCCCAUCCGCCCAGCCUUCCAAGAUCGACAAGCCUCCUAGAUGAGCUCUUGGCGGCCACAGGCAUCCUGGAAACGCAGGCGCCUUCCCCGGAGCCCGGUGCAGAUGCAGGAGUGCACCCUGCCCUGCCAGACCCACCCAGCUUCCUAGACGAGCUCUUGGAGGCCACGGGCCUCGGGUCCUCGCAGGCGCCUUCCCCGGGGGCCGCUGCAGAUGCAGGAGCACACCCUGCCCUGCCAGGCACACCCAGCUUUCUAGGCCAGCUCUUGGAGGCCACGGAUAUUGCGGCCUCGCAGGCGCCUUCCCUGGGGCCCUAUGCAGAUGCAGGAGCACACCUCGCCCUCCCAGGCUCACCCAGCCUCCAAGAUGAGCUCCUGGCCGUCACAUGCAUCCCGGGCUCGCCGGGUCCUUCCCUGGGGUCCUCUCCUGUCAUCCCAGGGUACCAUCCAGCCCUCCCCGGGUCUCCCAGCCUCCUAGAGGAAAUCAUGGCUGCCUCGUCCAUCCAGGACACGCCCUGGUCUUCACCGCGGGCCGCUGCGGACGAAGAAGGAGUUGAGGCAAUCCUGGAGGCACCCCUCAGAGAGGAGGAUUACCAGGCACUCCUGGACAUGCUGCCAGGCUCCCCAGGCCCUCGGGCUUAG